AUAUGUAGUACGCGGUUCCAUGUACACAGCAAAUGGCUGUCAAUAUCUUGGGAGCCUGGUCAACCCUCAACGUGCGCGAUGUGACCGCACCAUGUUCGUAGGUUCUUUUUCGUUGAAUGCAUGCGUAUACCCUUGUGGUGCAGGAAGAGUUGCCACGGCCAGUGCAAGGCCAGUGAGUGUGGGAAGGUGCUGGUUCCCCAAAGCGGGCUUUGCCCACCGCCAUCGCUCGCCUUUAUAUAACACGUUGACAAUAGUCGUGCAUCGCACGCUCCUCAAACAAAAGGUUCCAAGACCUGACCUACUAUCUGGUACACGAUGUCAACACAAUCACCCACCGUACCCACCGAUUUCUCAGUGGAAGCCCUCAUCCGUUCCUUCAUGACGAUCAUCCUCUCCGAAAUUGGGGACAAAACCUUCUUCAUCGCCGCCAUUCUCUCCAUGCGCCAUCCUCGCCUCGUCGUCUUCCUAGGCGCUCUUGGUUCCCUUGCGCUGAUGUCUGUCCUGUCAGCUUCACUGGGUCACAUACUGCCUACGCUUUUACCCAAGAAAUGGACUCAGGUUAUGGCUGGGGUGCUGUUUUUGGUCUUUGGGAGUAAGAUGAUGAUGGAAGCAAGGGAGAUGGGGGGGAAGGGAAGGGAAAAGGUUGAGGAAGAGAUGAGAGAGGUGGAAGAGGAGAUAGAGGAGGACGAAAUCGAGGCGGGAGGUAGUAUCCCGCUUGAACGGCUCGAGGAGGGGGAAGCAGUUCCUUCAUCCUCAGGUGCGAGAAAACAGAAAAAAUUGGGUUCGAGUGUCACGGAAGGCGUGAGGAAUUUUUGCAGUCUUAUCCUCGGGCCUGUUUUCGUGCAGUCCUUUGUGCUUACUUUCCUCGGAGAGUGGGGGGAUAGGAGUCAGAUUGCUACGAUUGCUUUAGGUGCUGCUGAUAAUGUGUAUCUCGUGACGCUAGGGACGGUCCUUGGUCAUACGUGUUGUACAGCGCUGGCGGUCAUAGGAGGGCGCUAUGUAUCGAGUAAAAUCUCCGUCAAACAUGUGACCCUAGGAGGUGCAGCCCUUUUCCUCAUAUUCGGCGUCAUCUAUCUCUACGACGCGCUUGCUAGCUCUGCGGAAGAACUCUCGAUACCCAUUCCUGUGGGGGAGUCGUGAGCUAAUAUAUAUUUUUAUUUAGGCUCGGUCAUGAUAGCACUCCAGCGCCAUGCCUGCAUUGACGAAACGCUUCACGUUUCAGGCUUUUUGGCUGGUUUAGCGUACAUCAGUUUGCAAAACAAUGUCUCGGAUCGCUAGUUUCGACGGCCUCUCGAAGUCAGGCUCAGUGGGCAACGAGCAAGACUAGCCACGGUCGAUCAUUUUUAGAUAAGUUCAAGCAUCUACCGUAAUUGCUCGAGCAGCAUGAAAAUUUGACCAAAAGCAACUGU